UUAUUUUCUCAAGCUUUAUCUCGAUUGUUUUACAUCCCAAUAUCUUGAAAUCCAUGGAAAAAAACCUAGAAGGAGAAGAAGAGAAAAAAGAAAAAUGCUCAAGAAAAUUAGAUUUUAGUGCUCCUCUCUUGUCAACUAGACGUUCUAGUGAAAAAUCAUUUUCUUGCUCCAAUAUUAUACCACCUCAACUUUCAAUAGAUAUUUUUAAUAGAGUGCCAUUUUCUUGGGAGCAAAGUCCUGGAAAACCAAAGGAAACAAUGGGGUUGACUACAAACAUUGAAAUUGUGCCACCUCCAAAAUUGCCACCAUGUAUGUGGCAUCAUACAAGAAAAGAAUUAUUAGCUACUAGUAGUACUACUACUAAAUCAUACGAUGGCGAUAUCGACAAUGAUGAUCAUGGCAAUUAUGAAGAUCAAGAUGAUAGGAAUAUUGACAACCAUGAUGUUUUCUCAGAUGCUCUUGAUGUUUUUUCGUUAGGGGAUGAGUCGAUAGACGACAUGAUUAAUGAAACAGAACAUAGAAAAUCGAAUAAGGAGGUUGUUGAUGAGGAAUCUUACGAUUGGAGUACUAAUAAGCCAGCAGUACCAAAUUUCAUUAUUCAGAGAUUUCUUAAAGAUGCAAAGGAACUAGCUAUUUCAUCUGCCUUGGAAAACAAUAGGAAGAAAUUACUAGAGGAUGAGCAAAAUGGAAGAAGACCAUGUAAUUUUCCUCACAAGGCAGCAGCAGCAGCAUCAUGUGGGCUUGACAUGUUUAUUCCAUGGAGGAUAAAACCCAAGCCAUGUUGUGUGAAGAAUAGUGUAGUGGCAGCUUCUCCAAGAAUGAGACUUCAAUGGAGCAACAGAGACAAACAUGCAUCAGAUGCGGAUCCAAAAUUUUAAUAACACGUGUAUGUAUGUGUACCUUCAGCUUACCGAGGACAUGACCUCAUAUAAGAGGUUGUGGAGGACACGAAUUAGGGUAGAAGGUUAGUAGAUAGUUGAGAGAUGUGUCACCCAUACUUUCAUACUAGUAAUCGUAGUAGUUUCUUGGUCUUUAAUUUCUGUUACUAUUUGUUGUUUCUUGUAGUUCGAUUAUAUUAUAAUUAUUGUAGUUAUUGUUCUUUUCUCUCAACAUAUUUUAUCGUGCUAUCUUUAGUAUUUUGU